AUCGUUUGUUUUAUCUGUUUUUCUGUUCGGUGGACAUCAUUUUUCAUCAAUAAAUGUGAUUUCAGUUUAUCAUUAUUAAAUUGUUUUGUCUUUGAAAUUGAUAAAAUUUUGAAUUAAGAAUCGAUAUGUCUCAACAUCAAGGCGUCACUUGUGAUACGUGCCUUAAACAGAAUUUUCGUGGAAAACGUUAUAAAUGUUUAAUCUGUUUAAAUUAUGAUCUUUGUUCAUCUUGUUAUGAAACACGUUUAUCAUUUGGUAAUCAUAAUAGUAAUCAUCCUAUGCAAUGUAUUCUUACCCGAAAUGAUUUAGAUUUAUUUUUCGCUGGCGAAAAUCUAAACACUGAUCAACCAUAUUCAUUUACAUGUCCAAUUUGUGGCCGUUUAGGUUUUACAAAUACAACAUUAUUUGAACAUGUAAAUAUUUUACAUAGUGAUAAUUCAAUCAGAGUGGUCUGUCCGAUUUGUGCCACAUUACCGCAUGUUGAACCGAAUCAAGCUACCGAUGAUUUUCUUAAUCAUUUAAAUCUAGAACAUCGUACAAAUAAUAAUAAUCGUGAAUUGGAAGAACCACAAACAGUUCGUACUCGUCAACGUCAUGUCCGAAUGACUAGUAAUCGUAAUCGAAGAAAUACUCAGUUCAUAAAUUCAACAUCUUCCGGUGGUAGUAAUGGAAAUAAUGGUAGUUCAAUGCAAACAAUGGGUAUUUCCAUAAGCAAUCGAAAUGAAGCAUUAGAUCCAAUUGCACAGCUUUUAUCACAAUUAUCUGAUGUUCGACGUGUAAAUUCAGCUGCAUCAUCAUCGUCUUCAUCAUCUGGACCGAAUCAAUUUCCAUUUGAACGUAAUUAUGAUCGAACAUCAUUGCAACGAAUGUUUCGUCAACGAAGACAGAUGCCACCAGCACAUUUUUCAACAUUAACAUCAUCAACUGGUGGCAAUAAUGAUCAAUCAUCAUCAUCGUUGGCAAUGCAUUCGAAUCAAUCGAUGCCUUAUGUAUUAUUGGAUUCGGCUGCACCUAGUCCUUUGUCAUCAAAUACUUCGUUUAAUUCGGCAGCCAAUUCAUCAUCAUUGAUGAAUCAAAAUUAUCUUCUUAAUUCGAGUGCUUUAUUGUCAUCAACAAUGACAUCGGAAAAUGAUUCGAAAAAAAUUGAUUCAUUUAAUGCUGAUCGAAGUAUAUUUGUACAGGAAUUGAUAUUUGCUUUCUUAUCUUCUUCAGUGGCCAAUUUACCACCCGAACAAUUGAUUCGAUCUAAAUCUACACCACCAUCUAUACAAUCUUCUGUUGAAGAAAUUUGUCGGACAAAUUCCGAAUCAUUAUCAUCGAUUAAUAAUGAAUCAUCAUCGGUGAUUAAUAAUAAAAUUAAUAAUAACCAGAGCCAACAAUCUAUUAAUACAGCCAAUCCAAGCAACCAACAUGAAUCUAAUCAACAACAACCUUAUAUAAUUUCUAUUCAACAACAAAAUCAUCAAUCUGAUAAUAAUUCUAUGAAAACAAGUGAUCAAAAUGGUGAUAAAAUCGACAAUAAUAACAAAAUGAAAAUUGAAACUUUACAAAAUAAUGAUCAUAAUUCUGCUCAUAAUCCUCCACCGAUAUCAUCAAAUGGCAGCAGAAAUAUUAAUGAAUCGAAUGAUAUUAAUAGUCAACAACAACAACGACAAAAACCAAUGUCAAUAUUAAUGCAGCCAACUAAUGGAACAGGUGUUGGUACAGCUACAUUUAUUGGUCCAUCACCUUUACCAUCUUCAACAUCAAUGAAUGUUAAUCAUCGAUUGAACAAAGUGAGUAAAGUGAGAUCAUCACCAGCAAUUGUUCAUCAUUCGGCCGGUAUACGUCAUUCGAGCUUGCAUUCAACAUCAAAUGUUGUUGGUCCUGUAGUUAGCCAUGGAAAUCUAGUUGUAUCACCACCAAAUAAUGGUCGUAGGAAAAUUUUACGACCACAACCACAUUCAACUGAACCACCUCCACAUUAUGAAUGAAAAUAACAAUUAAAAAUGUUGAUGUUAUAAAUUAUUAAACAAAUUAAGAUAAUG